UAUUUUGCGCACGCGCAGUAGCAUUUAGCACUGUUGCUUUUCGCUAUGGCGCUUAGCAAAACGUUUGGACAAAAACCUGUGAAAUUCCAGCUGGAAGAAGAUGGAGAUUUUUACAUGAUCGGCUCCGAGGUUGGAAAUUACCUGCGUAUGUUCAGAGGUUCUCUGUAUAAGAGAUACCCAUCAUUAUGGAGAAAACUGGCAUCAGUAGAAGAACGGAAAAAAAUUGUGGAGUCGUCGCACGAUCACGGCUACACUCAGCUGGCCACCAGUGUGACGCUGCUGAAGGCUUCUGAGGUGGAGGAGAUCCUUGAAGGGAAUGAUGAGAAGUACAAAGCCGUGUCCAUCAGCACUGAGCCGCCCGCCUACCUCAGGGAACAGAAGGCAAAGAGGAACAGCCAGUGGGUUCCCACUCUGCCCAACAGCUCGCAUCACCUGGACGCUGUGCCGUGCUCCACAACCAUCAACCGCAGCCGCUUGGGCCGCGACAAGAAGAGGACCUUUCCGCUGUGCUUUGAUGACCACGACCCGGCAGUAAUCCAUGAAAAUGCCAUGCAGGCUGAAGUGUUGGUUCCAAUUCGUCUGGACAUGGAGAUCGAGGGACAAAAGCUCAGAGAUGCUUUCACCUGGAACAUGAACGAGAAGCUCAUGACACCUGAGAUGUUCGCUGAGAUCCUGUGUGACGACCUGGACCUCAACCCACUCGCCUUCGUCCCUGCCAUCGCCUCUGCCAUACGCCAGCAGAUUGAGUCUUAUCCCACAGACAGCCUCCUGGAGGAUCAGACGGACCAAAGGGUUAUCAUCAAGCUGAACAUCCACGUUGGGAACAUCUCUCUGGUGGACCAGUUUGAGUGGGACAUGUCUGAGAGGGAGAACUCCCCAGAGAAGUUUGCCCUGAAGCUGUGCUCCGAGCUGGGCCUGGGCGGCGAGUUUGUCACCACUAUCGCGUACAGCAUUCGGGGCCAGCUGAGCUGGCACCAGAGGACGUACGCCUUCAGUGAGAACCCAUUGCCCACAGUGGAGAUUGCCAUUAGAAAUACAGGUGAUGCUGACCAGUGGUGCCCCCUGCUGGAGACCCUGACAGAUGCUGAGAUGGAGAAGAAGAUCAGAGAUCAGGACAGAAACACAAGGCGAAUGAGGCGACUGGCCAAUACGGCACCUGCGUGGUAGCUGAAGUAUCACUGCUGCCCCCUUUGUCUGAUUGAGGUACAGUCUGUUUUCAGCAGCAGCGGCGGCGAUGUUUAUCUCCUUGAGUCAGUCGUUUGCUGUGACUGGACACAUCCUCACUCCAUCGUACACCUCGAGAUUAUUAUUAUUAUUUUUUUAACUUAAUGUAAUUAUUAUUGAUGUUUUCUGCGACAUGGCGAUUAGAUAAGAACAUCCCUCCUGUGUUUGUUUAAUUUCCAAGAUGGUGAAGAAGCUGCUCUCUCACUCUGACCACUGACUCUUGACCCGACCACACAGAGAAAAACAACACUUCAAAUAAUAUAUUAUGUUCUAUUUGUUGUCUUUUUGUACAAUUUAUUAAUUCUUACUAAAUAAAAAAAAUGUGAAUAAGCUCAA